AUGGCCGAAUUCGCGCCGUUCCCCAAGCUUCCCGCCGAAAUCCGCCUCGCAGUGUGGGAGCUCGUCCAGCCACCGCCCCGAAUCAUCGGCCAGGUGCCGUGCCGCGCAUGCUGGGCCGAGUGCUUCGCGUGGAGGAGGGGACGGGACGCAAACUGCUCCCGGCGGCGGCAGUGCGAGCAGCGCAACCACCCGGACUGGCGGGUGAGAUACAUCGUCCACCCGAGGCGGGACGCCGUGUUCCCCCUGCUCCACGCGUGCCAGGAGUCGCGGGCGGUCUGGCUGCCGCGGUUUCACAGGCCGGCGGCGCGGCACCUAGUCUGCGAGACGGGGGUGGCGUCCGCGGACGAGGGGGACCAGACGGCCGGCGUGAGGUUCGACGUGCCCUUCAUCAACUACGAGGCCGACAUCCUGACCGUCUUUGACGACUGGGCGUUCGCGGGGGCGCUCAACACGGUGGACCGCCGGCCGCAGACGGAGCAGGGCGAGCUCGACCCCUUUGUCGGCCUGCGCCGCGAGAGCAUACGGCACGCCGGCUUCUGCGAGUCGGCCGAGGAGCUGUGGUCGGCGCUGCUCAGCCUCGACGCGAGGACGCUGCCGCGGCUGCGGUCGCUGUCCCUCGUGCGCAUGGGACCGCUGCCCCCGGGGCAGGAGACGGAGAGGAGCGCCCCCGGCGAGAUGAUGUGUCCCGCGCUGUCCCAGGGCGUCGACUGCGUGGUCCGCGACGUCGCGUUCCCCGGGGACGCGUACCACGCCUUCUUCCACCACUGGCGCUCGCGGGACGAGCUCUUUGAGCCUCGCUCCGAGCUGCCCUUGUUCAAGGCCUUUCACCGGUUCUGGAAGGCGUUUCUGUGGCAUCUGCUCAACCGCGAGGCGAGGAGGGGCUUCGGCAGGGACUACUCCGGCUGGUGGACGUUUAUGGAAUACGUCGGCAGGUCGGGCGUCGACGCCGCCGGCAGCGUCUGCGUGCUGAGCAAGGUGGACGGCUGCGGAGCCGGGGGCCACGGCCACGAGGACAUGCUGGACUGGACGCCGGCCUUCCAGCUGCGGUGCAGGCUGCUCUGCGAGGAGGGCGAGGCGCACGGCCUGAAGGCGUUGAGGGAGGCCAACGCGGGCAAGGUCGGUGGCAUCAGUGAGAGGGCGAGCUUGGAGAGGCUGCUGCCCGGGGAAUAUGUUUCCGGCUGGUGA